GAGCCGAGCGGCGCAAGGAGCGGGCGGGCUGGGCGGCCGGGAGGCGUCGCGGAGCCGGCAUGGGCAACUCCGUAGCUAGAGAAGAUUUCGAGUGGGUCUACACAGACCAGCCUCAUGCCGACCGCCGCAAGGAGAUUCUGGCUAAACACCCAGAGAUUAAAGCACUGAUGAAGCCAGAUUACAACCUGAUCUGGGUGGUUGUGCUGAUGGUUCUUGCACAGUUGACUGCUUUUUACCUAGUGAAAGACUUGGACUGGAAAUGGGUAAUCUUCUGGGCAUAUGUUUUUGGAAGCUGCAUUAGCCACUCCAUGACUUUAGCUAUUCACGAGAUCUCCCAUAACAGUGCCUUUGGCAACAACAAAGCAAUGUGGAAUCGAUGGUUUGGAAUAUUUGCCAACCUGCCUCUUGGUCUCCCAUAUUCCAUAUCCUUCAAGAGAUACCACAUGGAUCAUCAUCGCUACUUAGGAGGUGAUGGAAUUGACGUGGACAUUCCUACCAACUUUGAAGGCUGGUUUUUCUGCACCCGUUUCAGGAAGUUCAUAUGGAUUGUUCUUCAGCCUUUUUUCUAUGCAAUUAGACCUCUCUGCAUCAAUCCUAAACCCAUCACUCGACUUGAAAUCAUCAAUUUGUUGGCUCAGCUUUCCUUUGACAUUGUGAUAUAUUACUUAUGGGGAGUCAAAUCCACUUUUUACAUGCUUGCUGGUUCAGUGCUUGGACUUGGGUUGCACCCAAUCUCGGGCCACUUCAUAGCUGAACAUUACAUGUUUUUAAAAGGACAUGAGACUUAUUCCUACUAUGGGCCACUUAAUUUGCUUACUUUUAAUGUUGGCUAUCACAACGAGCAUCAUGACUUCCCCAAUAUUCCUGGAAAGAGCCUUCCACUGGUGAAGAAAAUAGCAGCUGAGUAUUAUGACAACCUGCCACAAUAUAACUCUUGGAUAAAAGUACUGUAUGACUUCGUGAUGGAUGACACAAUCAGCCCAUAUUCACGCAUGAAAAGGCAUUUAAAGGGUGAAGUGAAACAAGAUUAAACUUCUGGCAACCAAAACAAACUCUGAAAUGUCUGCUUGCUUUUGAAGUGGCUGGUAUAAGGCCUCUUGCUAAAGCUGCUCACCUCUGUCCUAAAUUAAGAUGUACAGCAAUGCAGUAAUGCAUCCUAAAGGACUUUGUAGCAGACUCCUACCAGCUAUAACAUUCCUCAGAGUCCUCAGAUUCAUUGAUUUAAUAGUGUGUCUUAUGUUUGCCUAAGGAUCAGUGUUAUGUGCAUAAUGCUCAGUUAAGUCUGUUACAGAAUUUACUUUGGCAGGUGUUAAAUCUAUAUAUAAUGUCUCUGACUCUAAAUAUUUUAUAAGGUCUCAAUAUAGAGCACUGUCCACAACAUGCUAUUUUAGAUGACCAUGGUAUUAAAAUGCUCUACUUACCUGUUAAUUCUAAAGUAACAUGAUUGGUUAACUUAAACCUUCUGCUGAACCUGUUUCUUACCUGGUGGAGAAGCUAAAUUUGCACAGAAAUGCCUGCUUUUGUUUGAAUAUGUAGCAUGUUUUAAAGUUCCACCUUUCUUACUGAAGAUACCUUCAAGGAGCUAUUUCUCAGAAUGGAACUGGCAUCUUUUGAGAUAGCUUGUGUGACUUCUUUACACAGGGGAAAAAAGGUAGGGAAUUCAAGGGUAUUGCCAGCUUUGUGGGUCCCUACCUACUGCCCUGAGCUGUCUGUGUUAGCACACAUAGCAUGAGCAGCUAGCAUUUAGAACUGUGCAUGGAGGGAUGUUAUUAGGGAAGUGAAUAUCACCAGCUAGGAUAUUUCAUAUUGGAACAGGAGGGGUGUUACUAGGGAAGAUAAUACCACCAGCUUGGAUACUUCAUAUUGGAACAGGAGGGGUGUUACUAGGGAAGAUAAUAUCACCAGCUAGGAUAUUUCAUAUUGGAACAGAAGGGGUGUUACUAGGGAAGAUAAUACCACCAGCUUGGAUACUUCAUAUUGGAACAGAAGGGGUGUUACUAGGGAAGAUAAUACCACCAAACUGGAACAGGAGGGGUGUUACUAGGGAAGUUAAUACCACCAGCUAGGAUACUUCAUAUUGGAACAGAAUGGGUGUUACUAGGGAAGAUAAUACCACCAAACUGGAACAGGAGGGGUGUUACUAGGGAAGACAAUACCACCAGCUAGGUUAUUUCAUAUUGGACCAUGAGGGGUGUUACUAGGGAAGUCAAUAUCACCAGCUAGGUUAUUUCAUAUUGGACCAUGAGGGGUGUUACUAGGGAAGUUAAUAUCACCAGCAGAGUUUUUUUUUCCCUAUUGGAACAAUCUCAUUAAUUGGAGAUUUUUCUGCUUUGUAAAGAAAAAUGAUUAGGUUUGUCCUGCUGGUACCAUGGUUUUAAAUGAUCAGCCUAUAAAUAAUCAUCUGGAAAUAUGGCUUUGUAUGAAAAACAAUCAAUUGAAGCAGACUGUUUGUGGCAGGCCUUGUUUGCCAGAAUACUGUCAGCUUCAACCAUUAAGCAUAUUUGUUACUUCUAUACACAAAGAUUUUACUUGAUUUCUGUCCCCUCCCCCACAACCUACUCUACAUCUACAGCUUACUGAAUUGUGGUGAGAACACAGCUGGUGACAUCAAAUUUCCUGCUCCAGAUUUUAAACUGGCCAACAGAGAAUGGAUAGACUUUCUGAAUGCUAAAGAAUCUCUACAUACCUCAGCACAGUAUAGUUGCUUUCUGUCUAAUGCAUUGAUGAUAGCUCUAAGUUGUUAAAGGUGUCUACAAGUCGCCCUUGUAUCUCUAUCUGAAAAGAUGGAGUCUGAUGAAGAUGGAAGUCUUUGCUGCUGCCCACACUGGUCUGCUGUAAGUAACUUUAUCUGUAGAUGCCUUCAACUCCUGCUUUUUGUUCUUUCUUUUUUGUUUGGAAGAAGCUGAGUGUCUCACAGGAACGUGUUGGUGGAUCUUGAGCCUUGCUUAACUGAAGUCCUGUUUUUAAUGCGUGUUCUUUAAGUGCAGGCCUCUCAUCUGUGGUAAGCAAUAGCCAUGUUAUGAAAGUGUAACAACCACUUACAAAGUGACUUCAUUAUGAUGCCAAUAACGUGCUGGGGUAGUGUCAAAAUAGACUUCAUCCCUAUUUUUACAUGUAAUAAAAAAAGGCACAUAUUAAAGUAAUGCUGGGUGAUCUUUGUACAGAUCUUAUACUGAAGGACUUGAGCUUUAAUUAGGUGAACUGUAAAGAAUCAUUCCAGAAGAAAACUGACUUUGGUUGAAAGGCAUAAAUGAGCUUCCCAGGUUGCAAAACAGUUUCUUUUUAAGAUACUUUUGCACAACUGUUUGAUUUAAGAAGCAAAAGGUGGAAUUACAUAUCUUGGUGUCGAUGGAGGAUGGAAAGUGUCUCCAGAAAGCUAUACAGCUAUAGUUAAGAAAUCCUAGAUGAAUACUUCAGCAGAGUUCAGUGUCAAAAUGUUAUGCUUCAGCUUAGUUUCCUACUUCAUGCAAUUACUGAUGCCCCUUACUGUCUUCCCAGUGGGUGCUGCAAGUGUGAUCUGCUGCUUUUAAACAGGGCUGAGCUUGCCAUGUCUCAUUUAAUCAUAGACUAGAUUUUAUAGCAUUGUUUCAGUUGGAAAAGGCCUCCAAGAUCAAGUCCAAUCAUCAACCUAAGGACCACCCUGCCCACUAAACCAUGUUCCAAAGUGCCAUGUCCACAUGUUUUUUGAACACCUCCAGGAAUGGUGACUUCACCACCUCCCUGGGCAGCCUGUUCCAAUGUCUGACCACUCUGGUAGGGAAGAGUUUUUUCCUAAUCUCCAACCUAAACCUCCCCUGGCACAAUUUCAGGUCAUUUCCUCUCAUUCUAUUGCCUAAUACUAGGGGGAAGAGACUGCCUGCCCACCCCUCUCCAACUUCCUGUCAGUGAGUUGUAGAGAGCAAUGAGGUCUCCUGUGACCCUAUUUAGAGGAAGCACAUUUAAAAUGUCUCUAACAAUGCUUGAAAGAGACAGGACUUAAGUUUGGCUCUAACCAUGGUCUGGUUCUUGCAAGUACUGGUAACCCUAAUUUUUAGGCUUACAAUUAUUGUGUGACACACAAGAGGCUUUGCCAUUUAACUUCAGUAGUAGGGAUUUUGCCAGACACAGACCAUCUGAAAGUUAACCUGUAUUGCAGCAUAGUUUUACUCUUGAAAACCAAAAGCAUUUUUGACCUACUGGUAAAAAGAAUUGGGGCAGCUGGACUACCUGACUUGCAUUUGUUACAUUCUAAAUGAGCAACUCUUUCUCCAGUCAUAAUGUAGUGUUUUAGUCCAAAGGUAUGGCAUAGAAAUAAGAAACAUUCCUUUUUUUAAUACCUAUGAAUCAUGUAGCUAUUGUUUUUAAUGAGUUGCAUAAUAGCAUUAAAACCAAUGCAAACAGCUGGCAUAAGCAGGUUAGUAUCAUUUGGGGAGUGCUUUAUCUGAAAGUUGGAACUAACCACUGAAGAACAAAUUAAGCCUAAAGAGGGUUAGAACUCUUGACAGUUAAUCUGUUUUGCUUUCAAUAAAUUCUAUUCAGGUGGAAUGAGUUAAC